UGUAGUCCUGUCAUAGUGUCAUAUCCAGAAUCUGCAGUCAUAUCAAAAUCUAAUGUAAAACCAAAAGGGUAGUAUCUUCGAUAAAACGUAACGUUACGAAAUUUGUAUGAGUUGAAAGUUAACUUCUCAUCGUAGCCAAUUGAUUCUCCUGGAUACUUUCUGUUCCAAUCCCGUUGACAAAUCAUCUUAUCAUGGUUUGUAAGGAAGGUCAACAGGUUUUUCCAGGUGAUGUGCUAAGUGGUUUGAAAUCAAAUAAGCUAGUGAGUAUUCUUGGACCAGGAUUGCAUCGAAAUGAUGAUCUUCCAAAUUCAGUGAUUGUAACUAAAGUAGGGACCUUGGGUUUUAAAGCUCCCAAUACUUACUGGGUGGAAAGCAACGAGAAAAGAUAUUCACCCAAACGGGGAGAUCUCGUUGUUGGCGUAGUCAUAAAAAAAUCUGGAGAUAUGCUGAAGGUAGAUAUUGGAGCCAGUGAACAUGCUUCCCUGUCGAUGCUAUCCUUCGAAGGGGCAACCAAAAAACAAAAAGUAGAUGUGAAUGUUGGUGAUGCAGUUUAUGCAAGAGUCCAUAAUGCAUACAAAGAGAUGGAACCAGAAUUGAUGUGUGUUGAUGCACUUUUCAAAGCAGGAAAAUUAGGAUUACUAUCCAAUGAAGGAUUCGUUUUCAACACGAGUGUGAAAAUGGCACAGAAGUUAUUAGACCUAGAAUAUCCUUUAUUAUGGACACUUGGAAAAAAAUAUUCCUUUGAAAUUGCUGUGGGGUUGAAUGGAAAGAUCUGGUUAAAAUGUAACAGGACUUUAGAUACUUUAAAAAUUCAGCAAGCCAUUCAUAUUGCUGAACGACAAAGCAACAAAAGCAUUGUAGAAACUUGUCGGAAGAUAAGAUAAAAGUUGUAUAGUAUUGUUUCAUUAUCAUUAUAUAUUGAUAACUUUCUUGAAAUCUUGAGGUCCUCAAUUGAUUUCCUAAUCUUUGUAUUUUGGAAAAUUUUUGACUUUAAUUGAU